AACCCAGAGUUCUUAGUUUGGCUGUGGAAUAAAUUACUAAUAUCCUGGGCUGAGAUUUUGGUGCUCCAUCGGUAAAUGGCGCAACCGGCGCUGAACUCGCCGUCCGAGGCGGUUCCGGGGACGCCGGGAAUAAGGGAGAUAAGGUCCGAUGCAGGGGCCGAUCGGCUUCUGCAUUUCUCUGUCUGCUCGGGCCAAUGCCAUGGGCCGGGAGAGUGUCCGAGCCCGAUUAGGCCCGGGAUAAGGAAGGUGAACAUGAGAGCGGAGAUCGAUACGUCACCACCGUUCGGAUCCGUCAUGGAAGCCGUCACCCGGUUUGGUGGCCACGGGUCUUGGGUGCCAAUGUACAAGUUCGGAGAUAACUACCAUGAGAAUGAAGAAUUUGACAUAAAGAAAGUGGAGGAACAAGCAGCAGAGUUAGAGAAGGAUCUGAUUGUAAAAGAACUUGAAACACUUGAUGUCCUUGAAGAACUUACGACGACAAAAAAGAUUGUGGAGGAUCUAAAACGACAGCUCCAGACAGGUGCUUUGAAAUGCAUGGCAGUUCCACAAGAUCACUCCAAUUCAGAUGAACAUCAACACAAUAUUUCAACUCCUCAUAUCAAAGAAAUGAACAACAACAACAACAACAAGGACUAUAAAAAUUUGGCUAACAUGGGAAAUUCAAGUCCUUGCCCAAUUUCUUCACCAGAUAUGAUCCUUAUGGAGUUGAAACGAGCAAAAAUGAACCUUGGUAAAACAAUAAACGAUCUAGGGGUGAUUCAAACCUCUGUUGACACUUUAACUAAGAAAAUGAAAAAAGAGAAAGAAUUAAUUGAAAAGACCCGAGAGAGGCUAACUUCAACAAAGUUUGCAGGGGUGUUGCCAGUACUGGAGGAUCCGGAUCAUCAGCAGGAUCAUCAUAUUGUGGAGAAUAGUAGAUUCUUCGAGCAUUCGAAAUCCGAUUCAAGGGAAGAUCAAUCCUUUGUGAAAAUGGAUCAUAAUCAUGUGGCGGCUACAAAAUCUGAAGUGCUCUCGUCAAGAGCAGUACUGCCAGCCUGCGUGAAGACUGCUGAGAUGAGGUGGGUUGCGGCUAAAAAGAUGGGAGAAGCCGCCAAGGCGGCAGAGGCUGUUGCUCUGGCGGAGAUCAAGGCGCUGACGACCAGGGAGAACCCGUCGGAGUUUCUCCUCUCUGAGCCUGACAAAAUGAGCUUCAACUUUAGAGUGCAGUCUCCACUGAACUAUAGAGGACAAGAUGCAUCAAACUGGUCAAGAAAAAAGCUUGCCGACGCCAUGCUUCAUGUCGACGAAGCUCAUUCUUCGAAGAAUUCGGUCAUGAGAAAGCUAAAGGAAGCCACGGAAGAGGUUAAGUUCAGCAAAGUGGCCUUGGAGGAGGCCUUGAACAGAGUGGAGAUUGCAAACAGGAAGCAACUUGCUGUUGAAGAGGCUCUCAACAGGUGGAUUCCCGAGCACGAUCGGAAGCGAAUGCAGUCGGCCUAUAACUCUCCUAGAAUCAACAUCUUCCAUCCAGCCGAUCAUGAUCAUCACAAGGACUCUCCACUGAGCGAUGAGCACAGUCAGGUUUUGGUGGACAACAAUGUCCCGAAGCCUGUUUUGAAAACGACGGUUUCGAUGCGAGAUGUGCUGAGCAAGAAGCAAGUUGGGAGUGAAGAUUAUGGGAGGAGAAGGGAUCAGAGUGGCCACAAUGAGACGCACAAAGUGGCUUUGAGCGAAAUGCUUCAAGCGCUGAGGGAGGACUUGACGUUUCCUUCAAAAGCUGAGAAAGAUGGGAGUGACAAUCAGAAGCAGUACUUGUCGCAGAGGAAGAAGUUCGGGUUCAUCCAGAUUUCGCUUCCUUUGACAAAGCCAAGCAAGAAGAAGAUGCAUACUUUGAAUCCAAUGUGAUAGGCUUUCACGAACAAUGCUAGGGAGUACCGGUAAUGUUUGGGUCCUACUAUAUAUGGCCCACUUCGUGGUUAUAGACACUAGUGGUGCAUGCGUCGAGCAUUUUUCAACUUUGAUCUAGGUACCCUGCUUGGCCACCAGCAAUGAUUUCUUGUUUGUUUGGUUAAUUUGAUGUGGUUUUUGCUUAUGUAAUAGUGUUAGUAAAUAUGAUGUGUUUAGUGUCUCUAUAGUACUGUAAAGUUUGUUACGUGAUUGGGUUGAUUUGUAUUUGUGAAAUUGAGGUCAACGGAGAUGGGAUUGAUUUGGAGUGAACUUUUUCUGCUUAUAUAAAGAAUUUUCCCCUGUUGAAUC